GUUUAUACAUUUCCUUGUGACAUCUUCUGACAAUUUUUGUAAACACACGCUUGUCGAAUUUAAUUGUGGGUAAUGGCUUCCUAAUAAUUGCAGAAAUUAUUUCGCAUUAUUGACAAUUAAAAGUACCAAACACAAUGUAUUUUGUUGUUGAUACACGGUAUCAAUCGGCUCAGUGACUGGUGUUAUGGAUCAUCCGGCGCUUUUCAUUUCGGGAUUUAUUGUUUCAGCGUCCUGUGGGAACGGCUACAAAGAACUUAAAUCUGAGCGAAAAUUUCAAUGUAUUUGUAGCCGAAAUCAGUUGAUUUUCUAGCUAAUUUCUGUGUGAAUGUGUAGUUACUUCAGUGUUUUAGUUAACAACUAUUGUAAAAGCUUCAGUUAUCCGGUAAAUACAGUGUUGACUCUUGCUGUUGUUUCGUGAACAUGAGAGUGAUUCGAAGAUAGAGCCUCCGCGCAGCAGUCAGUUUGUGCGAUGGACAAUGCUGGCGUGAAGAAGCUGGUGACCAGUAUGAAGGGGUCGGAGGGGAUGAAGUCUGAAGAGUCUGAUGAUGAGGUGUGGGACAGCGACGACGAUGACGACACCAUCGCGAGGAUCCAGCGCGCGCACUACGCGGCCACGGCGGCGGCGGGCCGGCGCCGCCCCGCGCCCGCGCCGCGGCCCCGAGCCAUGAGCCAGAAACGAAAAAUGGAAGCCGUCAAAACUUUCCAAGACUUCACCAAGAGGCUCAAGAAGGACACGGGCAUCAGAAUCCGCGGUCUCGUUGGCAAUAACGUCCUAGAACUAGCUGACUUCUCCAGUGAAGAGGAGGCCAAGUCCGACAGUGACGGGCUGUCGGAGGAGGAGUUUGUGGUCAACCCGAGUGCUGUGGAGGAGUUGGACGAGGAGAAUGAAAGUUACAUCGACCCUGAGACUGGGGAUAUUGUGGAGAGAAAGAAAACUAGUCCCGCUAAACCCCCACCCAAGGCAGAGGUUGUGGAGGAAAAACCAACUUUGCAAGAGAGUCCUCCUCCUGAGAAGGAAAAAGAUACUGAGAAAGUUGAGGCUGCAGAUGUAGAUGAAGGUGUGGAUGAAGAUCCCCUAGAUACUGUGGCAGAGGAAGACGGAGAACCUGAAGAUGAUGAAACUACAGAAAUGGAGGGUGAUGAGGAGACAGAGAAUUCACAAGAACCUCAAACAUUAUCCAUAAAUGACAUAUUAAACGAAGGAAAUAUGGACAGAGAGGCAAAUGUAGAAAUGUUGGCUGAGGUGGAAGGCAGUGAGUGUACAGAGAAAACUGCUGAGGAACUUCUUGGUAUGAAGGCGGAGGAGACCAGUCAAGAUCAGGACUAUGAAGGGGCGAAAGAUGCGACGGAGGGUGAGAAACCUGCAGGGGCUGAAGGGGAGGAUGCAGAUAAGGAUAAGAGUGAGGAACAGAAGGCCGAGGGUGAUGAUGAUAAGAAGGCGGGAGCUCUCAACGUGCGGCGCAACAUCCGCGAGGUGAUGGACGAGAAGCAGCUGGACGCGUCCACGCUGGCGGCGCAGCGGCAGGAGUCCGAGCGUCUGGCCAGAGUGCAGGAGCAGCAGAGGAUCAUUAGAGAGGUGCAACGGCAGAUCGCUAUCAACCGACAGAACAAGGUGCAUCAGAAGACGAUGUCGCUGCUGCAGGGAGGGUCGUCCAUCUUGAAGAAGGGUGUCGCUGGCAACAAACUCAACCUGCCCAACACGGUGCUCGUGAAGCUCCCGUCCGGAGAGAUGAAGAAGACGACCAUGAAGCAGGGGCAGGUGGAGGUGACCCGCGUCAAGGCCACCACCUCGGGGCCGCCGCCGAAGAAGCCUGAACAGAAGACUGAUAAGAAAGAGGUGGUGGAGAUAGUGGACAGCAGCAGCGGCGAGGAGUCAUCGUCUUCCUCCUCGGACUCGGAUGACUGCAUCAUGCUGUCCGACUCGGAAGUGCCCCCUAGUCCUGAAGCAGAGGACGACCCAAACAACUCCGGUCUCCACGUGAACGACGCCUACAACUUACCAGACGAACAAGGCCGAGUGCUCAUCAACCUCGGGCACGCGGAGUCCGAGCAGGACAUCUUCCUGGCGCCGCAGAUAGCCAGGAUCAUCAAGCCGCACCAGAUCGGCGGCGUCCGCUUCCUAUUCGACAACAUCAUAGAGUCCGUCGACCGGUUCGCCACUUCCACGGGCUUCGGCUGCAUAUUGGCGCACUCUAUGGGGCUGGGCAAAACUCUUCAGAUCGUGUGUUUUACGGACAUAUUCCUGCGACACACCACGUCCAAGACCGUGCUUUGUAUCAUGCCGAUUAAUACGCUGCAGAAUUGGGUGGCAGAGUUCAACAAGUGGCUCCCUCUGGACCCGACCAACAACCCGCUAGCGGCGCAGGGCGAGGUGCGGCCAAGGAACUUCCCCAUAUACGUGCUGAACGACAGCCACAAGACUCUGCAGAUGAGGGCUAAAGUUGUCAAGGACUGGACGACAACCGGCGGCGUACUCAUGAUAGGCUACGAGCUGUACCGCCUGCUCAGCAUGAAGAAGGACAAGAAGCCGCGCAAGACGCGCAAGAAGAAGGAUGAUGAUAAGGACAAAGAUGACAAGAAGGACAAGCCGGAGCUGGCGAAUGAUGAUACGCAGGGCUCGGACAUAACGAACCAGUCGAAGCUGUCAGAAGAGACGAAGGACAAGGAAGAUGGAGACGCGAAGGUCGACGACGACGCUAAGAAAGAAGAAAAGAAAGAAGAUGAGCCUAAUAGUGAAGAGAAGAAACUGUUGGACGAGAUGUACGCGGCGCUAGUGAAGCCUGGGCCGGACCUGGUGAUCUGCGACGAGGGCCACCGCAUCAAGAACUCGCACUCGAAUAUAUCGUAUGCACUCAAACAGAUGCGGACUAAACGACGCGUCGUGCUCACUGGUUACCCCCUCCAAAACAACCUACUAGAAUACUGGUGCAUGGUCGACUUCGUGCGGCCCAACUACCUCGGAUCUAAGACUGAGUUCUGCAACAUGUUUGAGCGACCGAUCCAGAACGGACAGUGCAUAGACUCUACGCCUCAAGAUAUAAGGCUCAUGCGGUAUCGGGCGCAUGUGCUGCAUUCGUUGCUUGUGGGUUUCGUGCAGAGACGCUCCCACGCCGUCCUACAAUCAACACUUCCUCAAAAAGAAGAGUUCGUGCUUCUAGUGCGUCUGACGGCGCUGCAGCGGCAGCUGUACGAGCGCUUCAUGAACGAGGUGGUCCGCGUCGCCGCCGUGCCCAACCCGCUCAAGGCCUUCGCCAUAUGCUGCAAGAUCUGGAACCACCCGGACGUGCUGUACAACUUCCUGCGCAAGCGCAGCGAGGCCAACGCGGCGAUAGAAGAGGAUCUGGACCUGGAAGAGCUCGGGGGCGUGACCAAGGCGGGCCGCGCCGCCCGGAGUAGGGCCCCGCCGAGGAGACAAGCCAAGCCACGGGGGGCUAAGGGUGCGCCAAAGAAACCUGCGGCGACUAUAACACCAAACACAUCCGGACCUCCAAAGAUGCCUGGAGACCCGAACAACUACGGAAACCCCCCAUUCGCACCGAACGGACAGCCUUACGGACCCCCCGUCCCGUACGGACCCAACCAAGAGGGUUCCUACCCGCCCUACCAAAACUAUCAGAACUCUGGACCUGGCUACUACCCUCCAAACCAAGGUUAUAACCAGAACUACGGGAAUAACUACUACCAACAACCGCCAUACGGAAAUAACUACCCGAAUCAAUACCCGCAACAGAACAACCAAGAUCCUAAUUACAAUCAAAACUACUGGGGCAAUAAUAGCAACUACUACGGACAGUCAGGGUAUUAUAAUAACCCUCAGUAUCCAAAUAACCAAGGACCGCAAGGCCAGCCGCCCCCAGAUUACAAUAACGGGCAGCAAUUCCCACCGAACUACCCCCCAAGGCCGACUGACCAGGCUUACCCUGGCGCCAUGCAACCCUACCCUAACAAUCAAGAAGGCUAUCCAAACCAACAACCUCCGUACCAACAAGGCCCCUACCAAAACCAGCCGGGUUACCCUGGCUAUAAUAACGCUAAUCCAACCCAAGGGCCUUCGUACCCUCAAACACCGCAGAAUUACCCUAACCAACCCUACCCAGCACCAUACCCUGGGAACUCAACAUAUAAUAACCCAGCGGCUCCAUACAACCCACAGUAUGGGGCACAGCCCAGUAACUAUCCAGGGUUCCCCAAUACGCCUCAAGGACAAACACCGAACAACAUGCCAAGCGAUCAAGCGGCUAUCAAAAAUGAACCGGCGAAUACUUAUCCUGAAGCUGUUAAGACUGAAACAGAAAUGCCUCCCAAUGCUCCCAUAGUGCCGUAUCAAAAUCCCGCCUUCAAUUAUAAUCAGCCGAAUACUUCUGGCUUUCCCAACCAAGUUUCUGCAGAUCCUGUUAAUAAUUACCAGCCUCCGUAUGAAGGAUUUGGCAAUAUGGAGACGAAACCUCCUUUGGGAAGCUCUGGCAGUCCUGUAACUUCUUGGCCGAUCAUAAAAACUGAAGUUGAUAGACUCAAAAACGAAGCGAAAACUGAAGUGAAAUCAGAAUCGGACGGUGAGGUCAAAAUCGAAGACUUGGACACGAAAAAGAUCGUAAAAGAUGAAAGUAAAAAGGACCUGAAAGUGGAACCGGCAAUAAAAGAAUCUCAACCGGAGGUAGCAGAAAAGAAGGAUGAGAAGUCUAAAACGGAUGCCGCUAAAAGCGAUUCUGAAUCGGAAGAGGAACCCGUUAAGAAAGGAAAGCAGAGGGGUAAAGGUAAAGAGCCUAAAAAAGGAGACAGCAAACGAGGUCCCAAAGGCAAAGCGAAGCCGCGAGGAAGAAAAGAUAGAAAGACAUCUAAAGAAAACGAGUCAGAUUCCGAAGAGAGUGAAAAAGAAGAGAAAGUCACAAGAGAAGAAGAAUUAGCUAUCAUGAAGAAAGCCGAAGAAGUAACUUAUGAUUGGGCGGCAGAAUUACUAAAGGAUUACAUACCUGGAAUAAUUGAGAAUUCGGCAAAGAUGGAGUUGUUCUUCUACAUUCUAAACGAGAGUAUAAAAUUAGGAGACAGAUUAUUGCUGUUCAGUCAGAGUUUGUUUACGCUGAAUUUGAUCGAGGACUUUUUAGAAAGAAACUAUAUACCUGGUACUAACUGCUUAUGGCAAAGGAAUACUAACUACUAUCGUCUGGACGGUUCAACUCACGCGCUUGAACGAGAGAAGCUUAUAAACGAGUUCAACGCUAACCCUCACGUCUACUUGUUCCUGGUAUCCACUAGAGCGGGCUCUCUGGGUAUCAACCUGGUGGGAGCUAACAGAGUUAUCGUGUUCGACGCCAGUUGGAACCCUUGUCACGACACGCAGGCUGUUUGUCGGGUUUAUAGAUACGGCCAAAAGAAGCCCUGCUUCGUGUACCGCUUCGUAAUGGACUGCUGCCUCGAGAAGAAGAUCUACGACCGACAGAUCAACAAGCAGGGCAUGGCGGACCGCGUGGUCGACGAGUGUAACCCUGACGCCGUGCUGUCCAUGAAGGAGAUCACCAACUUGUGCUUCGACAAUGACGAGAAGGAAUCAGAAGCGAAAGACUUAUCAGAGCACAAAGACAAGUACAUAGACGUGAUAAUGCAAGGCAUCAUCGCCCAGCUCGGGACCAGACUCAGCAAGGAGCCCUUCCAACACGAGUCGCUGUUAGUGGAUAGGAAGGAGAAGAAACUGUCUAGCGCUGAGAAGAGAUUGGCUCAGAGGGGCUACGAGCUAGAAAAGAAAGCAGCGGCGGCCCCCAAACCCACAACAGCAUACCGUACAGUCCGCACAGCAGACGGGUCCAUAGUGCAGCGGCCGGUGGCGUCCGUGCGGCCCAUGCAGCACGGCGCGCGCUGGAUCCCCGCCGACGUGUGGCGCAGACAGGGCAUGUCCGCGCAGGAAAUGACACUACCUCUAGACGUCGUAAUCCCGACCAACUCUGCCGAGAAGACCAACAUCGUGCUAAAGGCGGGCCAGCGCGUCAUGGUGCUGAAGAGCCCCAAGGGCAUCUACAUGCAGCUCGAGUCCGGCAAGAUCAUCGCCAUCAAGACCUCGCUGAAGGGGCUCGGGCAGAAGGGGGCCGAUGGGAAGGAGGCGGUUGGGAAGAAAAUUCUCAGCCGCCCAUCAUCAGCGAACAUACCGGGCUCUCUGAAGAACAACUCGGCCAUCACCAUCACGUCCAAAUCUGGUCCACGCCCGGGCCUCCAGCGCGUCUUGGGCCGGCCCAACAUGAUGGGACCCAACCGCAUAGUGCGGCCCAUGAUGCCCGGCCGACUGGGGGACAUCCGGGGCAGGAUACAGGGAGGGGAAAUCCGGUCUUACACGGCCAGGAAACUACCCAUACAACAGGGCAGAAUGAUUCGCCCGAACCUACCCGGCUCUCUAAGCAUCACCAAGGUGGUCAAGAAACAAAAAGACGAAAAUGACAAAGGUGAUAAAGAGGCAGAAUCCGAAGAUGAUACUCAAGUACUUGACAGUGACGAUGAUGAGGGCAGUGAUAGCACAAAAACUAGUGAGAAGAAAGAUGAAACAAAAGAAAAAACGGAUGGUGAGAGUAGUAAUACUAGUAAUAAGGAGUCUAAACCUGUAGAGGAGAAUAAGUCUUCCAGCGUCAACGACAAGGCAAAGAGCGAAGAGCCAUCCGAACCGAUUGUCUUAACAACAGACGAGAAGUUACCUUCAGAAGAUGCCUUCGACACUAAAAGCAACGAUUCAAAAUCACCGCCUAUAGAAGUCAAAUCAUCACACGAAGAAGCCCGCCCGCCUGUAGAAGAUUCUAGAACCAUGAUGCACGACGAUAGGCCAUCACCGGACGAUGCUAAGGCAUCGAAAAUUAAUUUACUAAAGAAUUACAGGCACCAGAGAUUAGCCAGUCGAGCGGCUGAGUCCUCGCUCAGCCAACUAGAGAAGACUGCCAGUGUAUUGAACCAAGACAGUGCGCCGGCCUUCCGCAAGCAUCUCGACAACAUCACGCAAUCCUACUCACCCACAGAAGAACGGCCGCCAACGAAAGCGGGAAGAAAGAAGAAAUCCCCAACGAAAAUAGACGUUUCCGAGCAAAACGCGAAGCCAGCACCUAUGUCUCACAGCGUGACUAGUCUCCUCGGGCAGUCAGAUAGUAAGCCGAGGGAGAGUGAUCCUCUACAGACCGCGGUCCCACCGAUGGGGCUGAGCCCUAACCCGCGGUUGAUGAGUCACCCGAUGCACCAUGACCCUCACUUAUUGGGGCCUGAGCAUAUGUCUUCCAUGGGCGCGGUGAAGGCGCCAACGCCUCUUCACAUGGGCGGUCCAGUGCCUUCAGGGCCCAGUCCUGGGCUGGAGCCCAAGGUGCCGCCCAUGGCCGUGCCCGGGCAGGCGUACCCGGGCACUCCAAGCCAUGAUAACCCGUACGCGCAGUAUCCUCCUGGUUACGGCGUAGGCUACGGAGGUUACCCCAACUCCCACUACUAUGGGGGUUACGGCGCACCCCCCUACUACCCCCCGGGGUAUGCGGCGACCCCGCCUUACCCCGCGCCGCAAAACCCGCCGCAAAACCCGGACGGGUACCUACCGCCCAACCCGCAGUGGUGAACUAACUGAUUGUCAACUACAGUGAUAACUUUAUAAGUGAAAGUGGUGUUCAGUGAAAAAAGUAACGACAUGCGAAAUUAUUCUUUAUGCCAAAAGGACAAAGGAAGAGUAGGAUUUGAUUUUGUUUUGCAAUAAAAAUGUAUUAGGUAGAAUAUGGAAUUUUGAGGCAAGAUCUAAGUUGAUUGGGCAUAAAGAGUAAUUUCGUAUGUAUCUUUUGGGGAAACUAAAAAGUUGACAGGUACAAAGGAUAUAGUAUAUGAUCGCAGUCCUCCUAUUAGGCUAAUCAAGCCUUAGCCUAUAUUUAAUAGCAGUGUGUGUGUAUCCGGUCUAGAUAUUGUGAUCGGACACUUAAUUAGAUGAAUUUGUGAAAUGUAUUUAGGACCUUAUUUUUUGCGUCAUUUUUGAUACUUUUUCGUGUAGAAAAUUAAAUUGGACUAGUUA